AUGGCCGCAAAUAUGCAGCACAUGGCGGGCGCGGCGGGGAUGAUGCAGCAGCAGCAGCAACCGCGCCCCAGGCCCUCCCAGGUUCAGUUGAACCAGUUUCUCUACCAGACCAUGCUUAACCAGCAGCAGCCGCAUACAGGCUGGCAGGCCGGCGUUGCCAUCCAGGAACGCAUGAUCAAGUGCCACAACUUGAUCACCAAUAUCGGCCUUGCCGUAACCAACAUUGAUUUCAUGAAGGCGGCGGAAGUGGGCGUCAACUUUGAGCGCGACGCAUUUAACAAGUCGCAAGACAAGACUUCGUACGAGGCGCAGAUGAGCAACAAAACGAACGAAUUUUACAGACGGCGACAAGCGAACGAGCAGAACCUCACCAACAACCUCCAAGUGCAGGCAGCCGCUCAGGCUCAACAGCAGCUGAUGAUGAACCAGAAUGCUGCUAUGCAGAACCAGAUGGGCCGGGGGAUGGGCCAGAACCAACAGCAAGGGUUCCAGCACCUGCAACACCAGAUGCAAGCGUCUCAAAUCCCCCAACAGGGCCAGAUGGGCGUCAACAUGGGCAACCAGGGUGGUCAGCCGAUCGGGCCUAACCAGCAAAUGUUCCAGAUGCCCGGUGGACAGGUCAGGCCCCCAAACGGUAUGCCGGCCGACGCGUCGAGCCUCACGCCGCACGACCAGCAAAAGGUCUUGGAGCUUGCCCACAAGAUGGCUUCUGCGUGCCCCGAGCCCCAGAAGAACCACUACCGCAACAUUGUGCAGACCCGGUUUGCUCAGAGGGCGCAGGAGUAUACCGCGCAAGGGAAGGAUCCGGUCCUUAUUUGGUUCCAACACCAGGCCUUCCAAGGUCUCUCGAAGAACGCGGCCUUGGCGAGACAGCGGCAGCAGCAGCAGCAACAACAACAGCAGCAGGGGGGCAUCCCCCCCAACAUGAACCAGGCUCAAGCCCAGGCGCUCAUGCAAGCCGGCAGAGGACAGAUGAAUCCUGCCCUGAUGAACGCCGCAGGCAUGCAAUCUGCCAAUGGCGACUUUGGCCAGUUCAACACCAUGGAGAGCAUCAUGAACCAGCAAAAGGCCGGCAUCCUUGCUCAAGAGCAGGGCCAAAUGGUUGUUCCCGCCAGCAACGGCCCGGCUCGCAACGCUACUCCGCAACCCAUCGUCGGUGCGCAAGGUCAAGGGAUGCCCAACCAGGCCGGGCAAAACCAGACGCCUCGGCCCACUCAAGCCCAACAGCAGCUGAGCAUGCAGCAGGCGCAACAGUUGAAGAUGGAACAGCAACAAUCACAACAAGCGGCACAGAUGCGAGCACAGCAGCAGGCUAGGCAAUUACAGGGUCAACCAAACGGCCUUGGCGGCGCCCCCCCUUCCCAAAGUCCGGGUAUGAACACCCUGAACACUCCCAUGCGCCGCCCCCCAAGUGCCAUGAACCCCAUGGAAGGCCAGGGAGGAGCGCAGGCCAACGGCCCCUUCGCCGGUACCCUCGACCCUCGGUUCAAUCAGGGGAACCAGAGGCCGAUGGGCGCUGGUGGCAACAUGAACCUUAACAACAACCCUGUUUUCCACAACAUGAUGGCGAGCAUGAACCCGGAACAAAGGCAGGCGGUCCACGGGCUGCCACCCGACAAGCUCCACGAGGUCAUGACCAAGUGGCAGGAGCAGCAGCGCAAGAUGCAAAUGAACGCCAUGGCACAGGCUGGAACCACUCCAGGUCAGAUGCAGGGCAGGCCCGGGCAGAUGGGCCAGUUCAACAUGCCCAACGGCAACCAGUUUAUGCCAAACGGUAUGAUGCCGCAACAGGCGCAGCCGGGAGCCCCCAACAACCAGCAGCAAGUCAUUGCUCAGCAGCAGCAGAUGCUGGCUAGGUUGAGGAAUCAGGGUACGCCUGUGGCGCCUGCGCACCAGGUCAUGAUGGACAGCAUGGAUCUCCCACCGCCAGUUCUCGCGCAAUUAGGAAACCAACUCCACGCUCCUCCAGAGGUGCGUAAGUGGAAGGACCUCAGGCAAUGGCUUGCACAGAAUCCCGUCCAGCCCCAGCUACAACAGCACCUCGAGAGGAUCCAGAGGUCGCAGUUCGCUACAUACAUGCAAAGGCAAAUGGAGAAGCGUAACCGGGAGCAGCAAGCGGCGGCGGCGGCGGGGCAGCAGCAGCAGCAGCAGCAACUGUCACAACAACAACAGCAGCAACAACAGCCCCAGCAACCUCAACAAGGACAGCAGCCACAACAGCAUAUGCCGCAGCAAACACAACAGCCGCAUCAGUCGCAGCUGCAGCAGAGCGUCAUGCAGGCGGGCAACGGCGUCCCGAAUCAGCAGCAGCCUAACCAGCCAGGCAUGCCUCCAAACAUGUCUUCUAUCCAGGCUCACAUGAUUCAAGUGACGCCAACCGACAUCAUGAACGCCCGCAAAGCGAACCCCAAGAUUGCAAGUCUCACGGAUGACCAGCUGAGGCAAUUCAUUAUUCAGAUCAAGCAACGGCAGAUGACCGCAGCCAUGCAGAAAGAAAUAGCCAUGCGCCAAGCCCAAGCGCAGGGUAACGCAGGGCCUGGGGUCCAGAACGUCCCUAUGCCCACGUCUCAACCUCCUCAAAUGCCACAGCAGGUUGCCCAACCGGCAAACGUCACUCCUACGCCUGUCCAAGCGGUACAGCCAGCCCCGCCGAAGCAACAGAGCGCGACCCCUGACCCAAAGGCCGUCGCCAACGCUGCGGCGGCGAAGAACAACCAGCGCCCCGCCCCGAACAACAGCCAACAGCAACCGCCUAACCCCUCGCCGGCAACUCAGCAGAAGAACCUCAAGCGCCCCAGCACCGAUGAGCCCGCCGAUGUCCCUCAGACAGCUACACAACAGCCUCAGAGGCCUGCGGCUGUUCCCGGGCAGAUGCGGCCCAUCCCGAACCUUACCCCUGAGCAGAUUGCGAGUAUGACACCCGAGCAGAAGGCCAAGUACGAAGCCAUGAAGAGCCGCCAUCAGGCCAUGCUAGCGGCGAAUGCGGGUAUCGCACCGACUGAGAGCGAUUUUGAUAAGCUCAGACGGAUAGGCCAGGAAGAGCAGAGGUUGAUGAUGACGGAGCACAUGCCCGACAUUCCCAUGACGCCGGAGCAGCGCCAAGAGACAUGCGCCAAGCUAAUGAAGAUUGUGGUGGAUAUGGGCAAGAUUGGAAAGGCCCUUGGCCGGUGGUACGCCGCGACUCGUGACGAUGCGCGCGCCAAGAGCUACUUCCGAGCUCGUCUGCGGAUGAUUAGACAAUUCACUGAUGGUGAAGUCAUGACUAACCCCAAGCCCGUUUUCAGUGUGAGGCCUGCUCAGAUUGACGAGGUCCGUCGGCUGCUUGAGAGUAUGGCGCGCGAUUGCGCCAACCUCGGCAAGAAGGCCGCCAUACCGCCUCAGCAAGGCCAGCCCGCAGCACCCAACCAAGCCGGGGCUGGUGGUGGCCAAGGCGGCCAGCCACUUCCUCUGAGCAUGGCCAACAUGGCCAACUUGGAGAAGCAGACACAGAACAUGAACAACAAGAUACAUAGCCGGCCCAACAGCAAAAGCGGCCCCCCGGCGGCACCGACAACGAGCCAGCCCCCCUUCCCCUUUGGCGCAAGCUCCCCGCACGGCGAACCCAUCCACUUCUCCAAGCCUAAGGUCACCAAGGAGAACCUACAGCUCCCGGCGCGGAAAAAGGCCAAGACCGGCACGCAGCCGACUCCGCCGCAGCAACCGAACCAGGCCACCCCUUCGCCUCAGAUCAGCAAGUCGGGAUCGCCGGAGCUCAAGAGACAGCCUGCGCCGGAACCCAAGGCGCCGCCGAAGCCCAUGUUCUUAUGUCCAGAGGCAGACUGCGAGAUGGCGAUCACGGGGUUCGCUUCGGACCAGGCGCGCCAGGCGCACAUUCAAGAGGAGCACGUCAAGCCCGCGGAAGACCCGAUGAAGUACAUGCAGGAAAGCCUUGCCCAGUCUCUGGGUCUGGACGCGAACGGUCAGGUCAAGAUGGAGCCCCAGACGGCGCAGCCAAUGGGGCAGAGCCUUUCAAGGCAGGGACAGACGCCAGCAAGCAACAUUGGCGCGACGCCCAUGUCUCGCGAUGCUUCGAUGCAGCGCAGUGGCAGCAAGAUGGGAGGCAAGGUGCAGGACAACAAGCCCGCAGAGGGCAAGAUGGAAAGCACGCCAAAGACGGAGAACAAGCAGGCGGAGAUGGCUGCACCGGCAGCGCCGAUGGAUGGCUGGGCGACGACAAUCGACCCUCAAAGCCUGUUCAACAAUUUGGGCAAGUUCGAAUUCGGCGCCAACGGCGUCAUCAGCGACAUGAGCGUCUACCGGUCCCUGACGCCAAACGACACACCGGAGUCGAGCAAGGACAGCGGGUCGUCGGAGCCCAACAGCGACAUUUCGGAAGGUGUUCAUCUGGACAUCGACCUCAACUGGCAGCCUAUCGACAUGGAUCUGCUCCUCGACAUGAACAGCAUCAACAUGGACGGUCUCGACGGGCUCCAAGACGGCGGGGCCGAGAUUGAGGGCCUGAUGCUUGAGGAGGCGAUGCCGAUGGAGCAGUUUCCCAACUGGGACGAAGUAAGCAACGACUUCAACAAACCGUUCCAGUUCGACAACAGUAUGUACUCGUUCGACGUUUCAUCGUCGACGUGA